AUGGUCAUGUCAUGGAUCCUCCACCCUGUUUCUCAAGAAAUCAAAAGCAGCAUCAUGUAUCUUGACUCAGCUGCUACAAUGUGGAAUGAACUCAACCAUGAAUUUGAUCAAGGAAAUGGACCAAGAAUCUUCGAAAUGAAUGAAACUCUCAUCACUCUUCACCAAGGCCAUGACUCUGUAAGUGCUUACUUUACCAAACUGAAAGCCAUUUGGGAUGAAAUUGCUGAACUACGCCCCCGUACCCCCUGUACUUGUGCAGCUUCGGCUGAUUCUCUUGCAUUUCAUAAUCAAGAUCAAGUUUUACAAUUUCUAACUGGUCUAAAUGAGUCCUUCCAUGUCGUUUGUGCCCAAAUCUUACUCAUAGAUCCCUUUCCAUCCCUGUCCAAAGUCUCAAUGGUGGCUCAAGAAGAGAGGCUACGAAAACUUGGUCCUUCCUACAACACUACCCCAAUGGGUGCUUCUACUUCUGCCCCGAAUUCCAACCAAAACCCAAGUUCAAGAAACAAAAAGAUCCGACCCACUUGUUCCCACUGUCACAAACCAUGCCAUCUCAAGGACAAAUGUUAUUUCUUACAUGGGUUCCCUCCCAUAUAUGGUAAUCGGAAACCCAAUGUUGAGACUCCUGGCCAAAAUGUUUGGAAGAACCACAUUGACAAACCAGUUGCUGCUACUUCUCAAGUGCUCCAAGACACCACCAAAUCAAAUGCAUCUUCCAUCACAACGCAUUGUCAACAGCUCAUCUCCCUAUUGAGCCAACAACUCCAGAGAGAUGCUCCACCCUCCUCUUCCGAGCAACCAGUAACAACAAUUUUUAUUGUGUUUGACCUCAUCCUGACCCACCGAGCAAGCAAAAAAAAGUUUCCAUUCAUUUCAAAUAAUAAUUUUGCAUCUACUGUGUUUGACCUCAUCCAUAUGGAUAUUUGGGGUCCAUAUCAAACUUUGAGCAUUGAAGGAUACCGAUACUUUCUCACAAUAGUUGAUGACAAAUCUAGAUAUACUUGGAUAUAUAUGUUAAAACUUAAAUUUGAUGCAUCUACUGUCAUUCAAAAAAAUUUCACUCUCAUCUACACUUAA